CUUUCAUUCUCCAAUUGAUUUUUUUUUUGCUUUUACUUUAUCUCGUUACCCCUUGCUUUUCCGUAGAUUACAUUACACUCGAUAGAGAUAGGGCGGCCGUUGCUUUUUGCUCUUUCUGCCAUUUAUAUAGACCUUCAAUUCCUGUCUUGUGCCCCGCAAUCACGUCGUCGAGUGUCACGGGCCGGCCUUCCUUACUAUCUCCGGUCUCCCAACGACUCCUUCUGCAGUCUACGCCUUCCGAAAUAUUUAGACUUAUCCUUUCUCUAUUCACCUUGCUCUUUCCAAUCUGACUUUUCGGCUUGAACCUUCUCGAAAACCACAAUUUGCAUGAAACGGUGUUCGAAGUAAGCCGGGGUCUCCGGACUCUAAAGUUAAAAUCAAUUUCAGGAUAAGGCCGUCAAGAUGAGUCGUUGGUUCCGUGGGGUGGCAAAGUCCAAUGCUCCGUCUAUGAUAGCAGAGGAGGAAGACCAACACCUACAUCAGGUUGAAGAGGCACUUUUGCGGCUUCUCAAUGAUGAUAUUGCUGAAGCCGAUAGGAUUCUGAAGCAACAGGACUCAUCCUACCACCACUUAGGACGAGGGAUCUCGAGUUUCAUUGCCUCGAUGCUGGGUGUGGAGAAGGAGCUUUUGAAAGAUGCCGCCGCCACUCUGCAAGUUGCUGAGACGAAGACCUGGGAGGAUAUGAAGAAGGCACAGAGAGAACCUACGGCCUUUCAGUCUCACAUCUACCCACCUGGAACAGAGUAUCUUCUUUGCUUUGCAAUUUCCCAAUUGACCAGUGCCAUUUGUGCUGUCUUGAGUGGGUCAGUCACGGAAGCUGUGAAGGCCUUCUAUAAACUCCGUAAAUCCUAUCUCACGUUAGAUGGUAUCAUGGAAAUUGAGGCGAACUAUCUGAAACAACAAGCCGCCUCUCCUGGUCUUAGAACUUCUGGUCAUCUGACAAAUCACUUGGCGGUAAAUACGCCACCAGCCAGCAGCCAUGGGACUUCAAUUGGAGAAAAACCUGAGCUGGGUGCCGGUGAUGAGAAAGCAAGUCUUCGUGCUCCCAGUAUGCACAGUAAUGCUACAGAACCGGACCUUCACGUCUUGCCUGAUCCAAGUUCCUCGAUCCCUGCUACUAGGGUUGAGUCAAAACUACUCGAUAUCGAUCCUGCUUCUGUUGGUAUCACUAAUCACACAGACAUAUUCAUACACUCUGGAACCAGACUCUGUUAUGGGAUCCUUCUAGUGGUCUUCUCCAUGAUCGAGAAUCCAUUGUUCAGCAAAAUCCUAUACAUCGUGGGGUUCAAGGGAGACAGAGAGCGUGGUACAAGAUAUUUAUGGCAGGCAGCUCGCUUCAAUAACUUCAACAGCGCCAUAGCUGGUAUUACCCUUCUCGGCUACUACAAUGGUCUGGUUGGAUUCUGUGAUAUUCUGCCUACCGAUGCUGGAGCCGCAGACGAUCUUUCAGCCUAUCCUCGAGCGAAAUGUAAUGUCUUGCUUGCCGAUAUGCGCAGGAGAUAUCCCGAAUCGAAACUGUGGAAGAUGGAAGAAGCACGUAUGCAUGCGUACAAUCGAAAUCUUGAAGCUGCGGUCAAGAUCCUUGCCGAGAACUCUGACAGCAGCAUGAAGCAGAUAGCUACUAUCAAUAUGUUCGAGAUGUCGCUGUCUUCAAUGUUCCUACACGAAUAUGAGCUGUGUGCCAAGAGUUGGAUCCAAUGCUCCGAGCUCUCAGCUUGGUCUCCAACAUUAUAUGCUUACAUGACGGGAGGGGCCUACCUGGAAUUGUAUAGAAAUUUGAGGUUGAGUGAUCCCAAAGCCGCUGGCGUAUAUAAGGAGAAAGCCACCGAAUACUUCAGAAAAGGACCUCCAAUGGCAGGAAGACAGAAGGUUAUGUCGAAACAACUCCCAUUCGAUGUCUAUAUUACUCGAAAGGUCCAGAAGUGGGAAGAAAGAGCAAAGGCCUGGGAGGUCGAUCUUGCUGAUGCCAUUGGAGUGAGUCCAUUAGCUGAAAUGGUCUAUUUCUGGGGCGGCCCAAAGAAGCAAGGUACAGCACAAUUGCAGAAAUCACUCGACAUCCUGCAGUGGGAGAGGACAAGCCAUCCGGAGAAACUGCAAGGUGAUCUAGACGAGACUGCCAUCCAAGCAGUACUUAGAGCAGCUUCAUUGAAGAAUAUGGGUAAAUACGACGAAGCCAGAGAAGUCUUGAAAGCAGAGGUCCUGAAGCAUGAUAGAAAUGAGUUCAAAGGUCAUCUCAAAGAUGAUUGGACUUGCCCCAGCGCGCACUACGAGAUGGCAUGCCUUGCUUGGAAUGAGAAAGACCUUGAGGGUGCAGACCCCAAGGCCAAAGUAGUCGAAUGCGAGGAGUGGCUUGAGAAGACCCAGAAAUGGGAGCAAUACAUUUUAGACACGAGGAUGUCUGUCAAGAUCACGACAUCAUUGUUGACCAUCAAGAGGCAUAAGCGGAUCAUGGGAAUGUAGAGCAUUGUAUUUAUGCAUCAUAUAGACUUGGGCGUGGCAUUUUAGCUUCAGACAGGGUAGGCAUCGUUCUGGUUGACUAGUAUCAGUUCUAUCGCAGUAUUUCAACAACAAAGAAAGUCACGAUGAAGAGUCGUCGUGGACGCUCGAGAU